AUAUGAGUCAGCUGGCCAUCCCAGUAACGCUGAAUGACAUCCCUCCGGCCAUCGCUGAGAUGCUGGACGACGAGGACCAAUGGGACUUUAACAUCCUAGAGCUGGAGGCCGCCACCUGUAUGAGACCUUUGACCUACCUGGGCUUGAAGAUCUUUGCUCGCUUCAGUGUGUGUGAGUUCCUGAGCUGCAGUGAGGCUACGCUACGCUGCUGGCUGCAGGUCAUAGAGGCUAACUACCACGCCUCCAACUCCUACCACAACUCCACCCACGCCGCUGACGUCCCACACGCUACUGCCUACUUCCUACGCAAGGAGAAGGUCAAG